AUGAAAAAAGAUACCCAUACCAAUACCGAUCGGGGUAUCACAAGAGUUGUCAGUUCAGAGCUUGAUAGUCUGCACACGUCCGUCAUUUCAACAAACUCAUCAAAGGACUUGCUACCCACCACUAUUGGAACAAGUUCCGAGUACGAGGGACAAUCGGUUCAAGUUUCAGAAUCAGAGGCACGACCUUCAAAAAUAGUCAUCAUUUUGACAUUGGCGUCUUCGAUAUCUGGAUUUAUGUUUGGUUAUGACACCGGUUACAUAUCGUCAGCUUUGGUCCAGAUAGGGACUGAUUUGUCCAAUAAAAUUUUAACCUCGGGGGAGAAGGAAUUUAUUACGUCGGCUACAUCGCUUGGUGCUUUGCUUGGUGCUAUAGUAGGUGGUAUCUUGGCCAACUUGAUUGGAAGAAAGAGGGUCUUGUUAGGCUCAAAUGCCAUUUUUGUAGUGGGAACCAUAAUUCAACUAGCAGCAAAAACUGUAUGGACAAUGAUUGUGGGUAGAUUCGUUUUGGGAUGGGGAGUUGGGAUUGCGUCUUUGAUCGCGCCGCUCAUGUUGUCAGAGCUUGCUCCAUCAAAAUACCGUGGGCGUCUAAUCGUCACAAAUGUGAUGUUCAUCACCGGGGGUCAAUUAGUGGCUUACUUGAUCAAUUGGGGAUUAACUCGAGUAUCCCAUGGUUGGAGAGUUUCUGUUGGAUUAUGUAUGGUGCCGCCGGUUAUACAAUCAGUCUUGUUUUUCUUUUUACCAGAUACCCCAAGAUUUUAUGUGAUGAAUGGUGACAUAGCCAAGGCAAAACAAGUUUUGAGAAAAGUACACAAUGAUCCUUCGGAUGCUUUCGUUGAUGCCUCUAUAGAGGAUAUGAUUCAAUCGAAUUCCACAGUGCCAGGCAGAAAUCCUCUACUCAAGGCAUGGGAGUCAAUAAAGAUUAUUCACACUACGCCAGGUAACUUUAGAGCAUUGAUACUUGCAUGCGGGCUUCAAGGUAUCCAACAAUUCACCGGUUUCAACUCGUUAAUGUAUUUCAGCACUACUAUUUUUGAAACAAUUGGAUUCAAGAAUUCUACUGCUGUGUCUAUAAUCAUUUCAGCUACUAACUUUGUCUUCACGGGGAUUGCUCUUUGCAUCAUAGACAAGGUAGGAAGAAGGCGUAUUUUACUAAUCGGAAUACCAUGUAUGUGCGGAGCCUUGAUUGUAUGCGCAAUUGCGUUCCACUUUCUCAAUGUCGAUUUCUCAUCUGGAGUCGUAAUACAUACUAGAGGCAUAAGUGGGUGGGGAAUUGUUGUCAUCAUUGGUAUGAUCUUGUAUGUUGCUUCAUACGCAAUUGGUAUUGGUAACGCCGCUUGGGUUGGUGUGGAGUUGUUUUCCGAUGUCAAUGUCAGGUCCAUAGGUGGAAUGUAUGCAGCUUGUACAAACUGGGCUGGGUCAUUGGUGAUUGCUUCUACAUUUUUAACCAUGUUGGAGAAGAUAACACCAACAGGAACUUUCUCGUUCUUUGCUGGUCUUUGCGUGAUUGCAUUCUUUUUCGUUUAUUUCUUGCUUCCAGACACCGCUGGCUUGGAAUUGGAAGAAACAACAAAUUUCUUGAGCAAAGGGUUCAAUGUCAAACAAUCAAUUGCAUUGUCUAAGGCCAGGAAAAAGCAUUCCAAGUACACAACUGGAGUUGCAUGA